AGAAGCAGCCUGUUUAAAGACAUGUGAAAGCUUUUUUUACUUCUUGUAUACGACAUUUAAGAUAUAAGAGUAGUCUAAUUAGAAAAUCUUUUUGUUUGGAUUCGGAUUAAAGCGAUGGAACCUUCAGGAAUUCCAACCAAAGAGCAAGAAAAAUCUAUGAAGGCAAUGAGGACCUGCCAACGUAUUGGUGGAUGGUAUGGAUUAUGGUCUACUGUCCUAGCUGGAGCAGUAUCAUUUGCUGGACUAACGAUGUUCUGUAGAGAACGUGUUCCUAAAAAAUUUAUACCCAUGAUUACGCUUGGGUGUGCCUCAGGUACAGGGUGGAUGGUUUCUAUUUGGGUUACAAGGUCAUGUCGACUGGAACAGCUAAAGAUGAACCAUGGCUACAACAGCACAAAUGAUGACUCCAUUAGCAAAGAGAAGAAACCACUUAUUCACCAGUAUCAUUCUUCAGAUGAAAGCACUCAAAAGUCUUCAUCUGUUAACAAAUUUGGCGAUGAGGGUUUUUUCCAAGAAAAGAAAUAGCAGCUGCUUGGAAGGAAGACUGAUAGUGACCUAAUGCAACUUGCACUACAAGGUUAUGCAUGGCCAAAAAUUCUGAUGGCAAACUGUAUACAAGUACAUGGAGAGGUUAUUGUCAUUUGGACCCGUAAAUAAAAUAAAGUAAAUAAAUAGGAUUUAACAGUGGAAUUUUAUCCACAUUGGAAUUCUAAUUGCAAUUUAGAAGUUGAGUUUUUGUGGAGGGAGGAAACUGGAGAAACUGAAGAUUAAUUAACCCUUGAAGAGGAGAGAACCAAUAGCAUCUCUACUCAGUCACAUACAACACCAAGUCCUGCAGAACUCAAUCCCUGGUUGCAUUGGUGAGAGGCAAUGCUCACUCCUAUGCUACCUGAGCUUCCCAACUAUUGUGAAGAAACAGAAAAUGCAUGCACGUGCUGUGUGGAUAAUUGGGAAUUGGCAGAACACGAGAGAAGUGUUAGGAGAAUCGACACUUCUCGAGUGUUCUGCCAAUCCUCAAGUGCUUCAUAACUCCACACAGCACAGCAAGCAAGAUUUUUUAUUUUUUUUAUAGAAAUGCUAAGGGUGGGUGCAUGAUGUGUGCAGGAUAUAUUGCUGCCCUAGAAACGUUUUGCAUAUUUAAUCAUGCCUAUAAUGACAUCACACUCAUUAAUGUAUUGGAAAUAUUAACCUUGAUAUCUUCAAUAUGCAUCACUCAAAUCCUAUGAAUUUCUUUUACCAUUGAAAUAUUCACUUUAUGUAGAAUCAAUACUAAAAAAUAUUAAGUUAGGUGUUAAAGGCACUUUAACUAUGUUUUUUGAUUGGAUGAAGUGUUGGGACACAAUGGGAAGCCAUAUCAAUAUUACAACAUGCUAUACCCUGUAAUACUGUACAGUAUUACAGUGUACUGUCUUAUACUGUAGGUUUCCUACUGACAUACGAAAACUGGUCUAUAUAGUAAUGGGAGAACCUAAGGCUGCGUUCAUAAUGUAUGGCAAAGGAGGGGCAGGUGAAAUCUUUAAAUGACAAAAAAUUCUUAAGACCCCACCUUGAAGUCCCCCA